UUGUGGAUCCACCCAUCCCUGUGAUUCCACCCUGUGGCCCCUCCUCAUGGUCCCAUCCCUCUGGCUGCAGGCCGUGUUUGACUGUGUGGUGAACUCCCUGAAGAACGUCCUCAACAUCCUGAUCGUCUACAUGCUCUUCAUGUUCAUAUUUGCUGUCAUCGCCGUGCAGCUCUUCAAAGGGAAGUUUUUCUACUGCACUGAUGAAUCCAAGGAGCUGGAGAGGGACUGCAGGGGCCAGUACUUGGAUUACGAGAAGGACGAGGUGGAAGCCCAGCCGCGGCAGUGGAAGAAAUACGACUUCCACUAUGACAACGUGCUCUGGGCCCUGCUGACACUGUUCACCGUGUCCACGGGAGAAGGCUGGCCCAUGGUGCUGAAGCACUCGGUGGAUGCCACCUAUGAGGAGCAGGGGCCAAGCCCCGGGUACCGCAUGGAGCUGUCCAUCUUCUACGUGGUCUACUUCGUGGUCUUCCCUUUCUUCUUUGUCAACAUCUUUGUGGCCUUGAUCAUCAUCACCUUCCAGGAGCAGGGCGACAAGGUGAUGUCUGAAUGCAGCCUAGAGAAGAACGAGAGGGCUUGCAUUGACUUCGCCAUCAGCGCCAAACCCCUGACACGGUACAUGCCCCAAAACCAGCAGUCAUUCCAGUAUAAGACGUGGACUUUCGUGGUCUCCCCGCCCUUUGAGUACUUCAUCAUGGCCAUGAUCGCCCUCAACACGGCGGUCCUGAUGAUGAAGUUCUAUGAUGCACCCUACGAGUAUGAGCUGAUGCUGAAAUGCCUGAACAUCGUGUUCACAUCCAUGUUCUCCAUGGAGUGCGUGCUGAAGAUCAUUGCCUUUGGCGUGCUGAACUAUUUCAGAGAUGCCUGGAAUGUCUUUGACUUUGUCACUGUGUUGGGAAGUAUUACUGAUAUUUUAGUAACAGAGAUUGCGGAAACGAACAACUUCAUCAACCUCAGCUUUCUGCGCCUCUUCCGUGCGGCGCGGCUCAUCAAGCUGCUGCGCCAGGGCUACACCAUCCGCAUCCUGCUGUGGACCUUCGUCCAGUCCUUCAAGGCCUUGCCCUACGUGUGUCUGCUCAUCGCCAUGCUCUUCUUCAUCUACGCCAUCAUCGGGAUGCAGGUGUUUGGAAACAUCGCCCUGGACGAUGACACGAGCAUCAACCGGCACAACAACUUCCAGACCUUUCUGCAGGCCUUGAUGCUGCUGUUCAGGAGUGCCACAGGGGAAGCCUGGCAUGAGAUCAUGCUGGACUGUCUCAGCAACCGGGCCUGUGAUGAGCGGGCCAGCGCCAGUGAGUGUGGGAGUGACUUUGCCUACUUCUACUUCGUCUCUUUCAUCUUCCUGUGCUCCUUCCUGAUGUUGAACCUCUUUGUGGCUGUGAUCAUGGACAAUUUCGAGUACCUUACGCGGGACUCUUCCAUCCUAGGGCCUCACCACCUAGACGAGUUCAUCCGGGUCUGGGCUGAGUACGACCCGGCUGCGUGUGGGCGCAUCAGUUACAAUGACAUGUUUGAGAUGCUGAAACACAUGUCCCCACCUCUGGGGCUGGGGAAGAAAUGCCCUGCUCGAGUUGCGUACAAGCGUCUCGUUCGCAUGAACAUGCCCAUCUCCAACGAGGACAUGACAGUCCACUUCACGUCUACGCUGAUGGCCCUCAUCCGGACUGCGCUGGAGAUCAAGCUGGCCCCAGCCGGGACAAAGCAGCAUCAGUGUGACGCAGAGCUGAGGAAGGAGAUUUCCUCGGUGUGGGCCAACCUGCCCCAGAAGACACUGGACUUACUGGUACCACCCCAUAAGCCCGACGAGAUGACAGUGGGGAAAGUCUAUGCAGCUCUGAUGAUAUUCGACUUCUACAAGCAGAACAAAACCACCAGAGACCAGAUUCACCAAGCUCCCGGGGGCCUGUCCCAGAUGGGCCCCGUGUCCCUGUUCCACCCUCUGAAGGCCACCCUGGAGCAGACGCAGCCAGCUGUGCUCCGAGGAGCCCGUGUUUUCCUUCGGCAGAAAAGUUCCACCUCCCUCAGCAAUGGUGGAGCUGUACAAACCCAAGAGAGUGGCAUCAAGGAGUCCGUGUCCUGGGGCACUCAGCGGACCCAGGAUGCACCUUGUGAGGUGAGGGCACCCCUGGAGCGUGGCCACUCAACAGAGAUCCCCAUGGCGCAGCCAGGAGCACUGGCUGUGGAUGUCCAGAUGCAGAGCAUGGCCCUGAGGGGCCCUGAUGGGGACCCCCAGCCUGGGCUGGAGAGCCAGGGCCGUGCCGCCUCUAUGCCCCGCUUGGCGGCAGAGACUCAGCCCGUGCCGGACGCCAGCCCCAUGAAACGCUCCAUCUCCACGCUGGCCCAGCGCCCCCACGGGGCCCAUCUCUGCAGCACUGCCCUGGACCGCCCACCCCCCAGCCAGGCCCCACACCAUCACCACCACCGCUGCCAUCGUCGCAGGGACAAGAAGCAGAGGCCCUUGGAGAAAGGGCCCAGCCUGUCUGCUGAUGCAGAUGGCGCACCCAGCAGUGCUGCAGGGCCGGGGCUGCCCCCUGGAGAGGGGCCUGCAGGCUGCCGGCGGGAGCGGGAGCGUAGGCAGGAGCGGGGCCGGUCCCAGGAGCGGAGGCAGCCAUCCUCUUCCUCCUCGGAGAAGCAGCGCUUCUACUCCUGUGACCGCUUUGGGGGCCGCGAGCCACCAAAACCCAAGCCCUCCCUCAACAGCCAUCCCACGUCACCGACAGCUGGCCAGGAACCGGGACCCCACCCACAGGGCAGUGGUUCAGUUAAUGGGAGCCCCUUGCUGUCAACAUCUGGUGCUAGCACCCCAGGCCGUGGUGGGCGGAGGCAGCUCCCCCAGACCCCCCCGACCCCCCGCCCCAGCAUCACCUACAAGACGGCCAACUCUUCACCCAUCCACUUCGCCGGGGCUCAGACCAGCCUCCCAGCCUUCUCCCCUGGGCGGCUCAGCCGCGGCCUUUCUGAACACAACGCCCUGCUGCAGAGAGACCCCCUCAGCCAGCCCCUGGCCCCUGGCUCUCGCAUCGGCUCCGACCCUUACCUGGGGCAGCGUCUGGACAGUGAGGCUUCUGCCCACACCCUGCCUGAGGACACACUGACCUUCGAGGAGGCCGUGGCCACCAACUCGGGCCGCUCUUCCAGGACUUCCUAUGUGUCCUCGCUGACCUCCCAGUCACACCCCCUCCGCCGCGUGCCCAACGGCUACCACUGCACUCUGGGACUCGGCUCGGGCAGCAGGGCGCGGCACAGCUACCACCACCCUGACCAAGACCACUGGUGCUAGCUGCACCGAGACCGCCCUGUGCCUGCACACGGCAGGUGUGUCCCAGUGGGUGAGUUUUAUCAUCCACACUGGGCUCCCAGGGAUGCUCAGGAGCGGCAAGAGGGGACAGCCCCAGGCAGGAGGGGUCUCACCCCUCGGUGGAGCUUCUCUCCAGCCCUCCUCUUUUGCACUGGAUGGAUCAAUAAAGCCCUUUCUGGAGGGAUAUGGCUCUUUCUGCCCGUCGUGUGCUGCCUUCCUGGGUCUCAACCACACAUCAGAUCCUGAACAGGAAGUUGCUGAGUGUGGCUGAGGACUCCCCAGCAAGUCCAAAUCCUGUGUCGUGGACUCUAGCAUCCAGCGUGGGUGCUUGGGCCCUUUUGUAGGAGGUCUAAAUCUUGUGGGGGGCCCUGUGUGUCCAGACGUGUGGUCUAGGGCAGUAGGGCAUGCCUAAAAUCAUGGCAAGGCCUCCGGGUGGAGUCAGUGGUGAGCAGGGCGAGGCCUCAGAGCCCAGCUGAGGCCCUGCACAGCCCUGUCGGCACCAACACACACACGUCCUUGCUGUUCUUGGUACUUGAACAGCAAAUGUUCACUAGAAACACAGUCAGAUGCUCUCUGUCCUUCCCCCCAGACACUGUCAACCCCAACAGGGACCAAAUCUGGAAAGUGUUCCUGCUGUUGGUCUUGGUUUUUACUCACAACACCAUUCACUUUUUUGUCACUUCUAUAUACUUAUUUAGAAAAAAAUAGAAAACCAGAAAAAUGGGAAGGAAACAGUAACAUAACUCUGAAAAAUCACACCUAUAGAAAGGUGUCAAUUUCUCAUUGUGUGUUUUUGUGACCUGUGUGAGGAGAUGCUCCUGCAUAGACUUUGUCCAGUCCAGGUGGCCCCGCAGAUGACCUGGGCCCCUGCUGCUCUUGACCAAGUGCCUGACCUCAAGGCCCUCACGCACCAGGCUCCUGGGCAUCGUGGUGUGAGGGAGGCCUUGGGAACCGCCACGGGUGGGUUUUGUGAAAACAAUUAAAACAGCAACUGGGUAAAAAGCUGAUCUCAGUGGAGAACAUGAGACGAGAUGCAGCAGGACACUAUGGUUGGAAACAUGGUAACCAUUGGCUUCUUCCUCCCCUGAAGGGAAGGGUUCCCGGGGAAGCUCAGAGCAGCAGACCGUGUGCUUGUGUGAGGCGUUUUCAAUUGUUCUGUAUCUGAUUCUCAGGGAUGGGUGCCUACCGAGUAGAGCAUAAUCUCUGUUGUGUGUGAAACAAGUCUCUUUCCACAUAAUCCUGAAGGGAGGGACAGGCUAGUAGGGAAGAGGGAGACGCUGAACCGGGGGGUGGGAUGUGGGGCACCAGGGCAGUAGGGAGGGAGCCCUGGCUGAAACUCAGAGCAGGUGAUUGAUGGAGGGAAACUGGCUUCCCCAGCUGAGGUUGGGCCCCGCACUGGUCCUGGAGCAGGCAGCAAAAUGAAAUCUAACCUCAUGGCCACUCUCAAAAGGGGGAAACCAUACUCAGGACGUUGUUCAUUGUGCACCGAACGCUGGGAGACCCCCUGUGUUAUGAAGAAAGACAGCAUUUAGACAAGUUGAUUCCUCCACAUUUUGAAAUUUUAUGAUCUCUUUGUUGGAUUCUUGGCUUCCACUCCAUGAAUCCUCUCAGAGAAACUGUGUGAUGUGUGUGUGCGUGUGUCUGUGCUCUCGGGAUAUGUGGUGUGUGUGGUGGUGUGUUCAGUGAGUGGAUGUCAUUAACCCAUAGGGCUAUGCAACAAAAGACACACAUUUAAUAGAAAUAUGACACACAAGACCGCCACUUGGUCUCGGGUUUCAGCAUGAUUGUGACCAAACCUUUUUAUAGAAUUUCCUUACAUGAAGGCACAACACUCUGAAACGUUAAAGAUAAUAGAGUAUUUUAUUCCAAUAGAAUAAAAUUAAACAGGAAUCUUGGACUGUGCAUGUGAUUGCUGUGCUUAUGUUGCAAAGUAGAAGGACGUGUAUUUUAUACUGAUGUGUUGUCUCUCGUUCCCCUCACCUCUUACCCAUAUUAUCUUGGGUGUCCAGUGUGUCCAUUCUGUGCAGAACCACAGUUGUUUCCCUGGGCCAUAUUUGGUCCAGAAUCCUCUUUUCUAGACCCACACAGCCUAGCUAGCUUGUCUGGAAUCUUCUAGGCAUUAGGAGUGAUGAAAACUAUGUGGAAGAGAGAAAAAGGAGACAUAAUGUCUUGUUUUCCUGACUUUGGGUUUUGUAUUUGUACUGUCUCUUAUCAAGGUGUCAUAUUUCCCCUGAAAUCUCAUAGUGAGUUGCCAAAUUUGAAAUGCAUUUGGAACCAGUCAAGCAGUGGCUAUAGUUUGAACAAGUUAUGUGUGCAUGUAAAAUAUAUACAUAUAUACAUAUAUACAAGUCUGUGCAUGAAAAUGUAUAUCUUCGUACUUUUGAUACAAUGUAUUCAUUUGUUAAUUUUUAAUUAUAUUUGAUAUAAAUCAAAGGUUUGUUGGAAAACUUUAUAUUUAAGAACAGUGUUAAAAAAAGUCCCAACCAUGCAACACAACUGGGACCUACUUAAAAAAAAUUGUGUGAUUGACUAGUUUGCUGCCUGAGCACUAUUUAUCAGCCAAACUUUGGAUUCUGCUAUUGUUUCUACAAUGACAUUUUGUAUGAACCAAAGUCCUUGGAUUAAAAUAAAAACUUAGCAAAAAAU